UGUUUGGGAGCGAGGCGAGGCGAAGCCAGCUGAGCUGAGCUGAGGAGGGGGAGGAGACAGGGCGGCCCCAUUCCCACUCCCUCCCACUCCCUCACUCCCUGCUCUGCUCUGCAGCUAGCACACCAUUCAUUGAUUCACUCGCCCGCUCCAUUUCUUCUUCUAUCGCUCGCUCUGCUCAUUCCACGCGCACUGUCCACUCCAUCCAUCCGUCUCCACCGACCCGCCUGCAUUUACGUCUAAGUCGCCGGCGGCGGCGGCAGGGCUGAUCUAGGUUGGAAGCAUGGAGGGGGACGACAAGUGGAAGCUGUCCAAGAAGGGGCGGAGCAGAUCGGGCCGGAACUACUACUACGGCGACGCGUCCGGGUCCGGGGCCAGCACCAGCGGCGGGGGCCUGAGCCGGAGCUACUCGGCCAGCGUCACCGCCACCCGGGACGGCAGCGCCGGCGCCAGCGGAAGCGGGAGCUCGUCGUCGGAGCAGCAGAAGAAGGAGGAGGCCGAGUCAAGGAGGCGGCUGUCCAAGAAGUGCGUGGAGGCGGUGAAGGAGCACCGCGCGCGCUUCUACAUCGUCCGCCGCUGCGUCUCCAUGCUCGUCUGCUGGCGCGACUACUAGGACCUGCCGGCCACCUCCGGCAGGCCGGCCGCCACAUUCUUUCAAUCGUUUGCUUCUUCUUUCCACUGCUGCUGUAGCUACGUACCGGCGUACAUUUCUUCCCCCUUUCUCCGCCUAGCCGAGCUCUCCAUCCAUCCCAGCCUACAUAAUCUUAGCCGCUUCUUCUUCUUCUUCUUCUUCUUCUUCUUCUUCUUCUUCUUGUUGUUGCUGCUUGCUUAAUUACUUUCUUGAUGUUUUUUCCCCACUGCGAAUUGGGUGUGUACAGUACAUCAGCCAUGAGCGCCACCACCACCACCACAAGGUAAUCUAGCUAGCUAGCUAGCAGUCCCGUCAGAGUCAGCCACCAUUACUAGCUAGCUAGCUCGGGAGCUCCAUUUUGCUCUGUUGUUUCCUAGUACUCCUUCCGAGACUUAAAUUUGUGCAGCUAGCUUCAUUUCAAUUAUAAAUCUGUCCUAGUUCCUACCUGGUGCUUUGAUUUUGAGUGAGUGAGUGAGGCCCCUUGAUGAAGAACAAACAUGCAAGAUCAAUCGAUGCUGUUUCA